UUCUAUCUCUCUCAAAAUCAAUCAAUCCAAAUGGGAACGAAACUAAAGAAAUGGUUUUAUACGCAAGGACGUCACUGUCACUUCUUUGAAUAUGAAUAGUUUAGUUGGGAGUUUGCCCCCACGUCCACCCCUUCCUCUCUCUCUCUCUCUCUCUCUCUCUCUCUCUCUUGAUGCAGACGAGAACUCCCAAAUUAAUACCUGCUUAAAUAUUCACUUUCUUUAUUAUAAGCUCAAAAAGGACGACGCAUUCUACCCUUAUAGAGCCGCCCUUCUUAACUUAACCCACUUCUCUUCCUCUUUCUCUGUCUUUAUGUUUGGAAAUUAAGAGGCUUGAUUUGAUCAUGGACGACAACGGCACGGCAACAACGUACGAGGUGGAGGAGCCGGGAUCCUCCGAUGGCCCCUCACCCAAGAAAAGGCGAACGGUUGAGAAGAGGGUGGUGUCGGUGCCCAUCGGAGGAGAUGGCGAUGGGCCGAGGAAUAAGGCCGGCGGGGAGGCGGCGCCGCCGACGGACUCAUGGGCUUGGCGUAAGUAUGGCCAGAAACCAAUCAAAGGUUCACCGUACCCUAGGGGUUACUAUAGGUGCAGUAGCUCCAAAGGUUGUCCCGCGAGGAAGCAGGUGGAGAGGAGCCGCGUGGACCCCACCAUGCUCGUCGUCACCUACUCCUCCGAUCACAACCACCCUUGGCCGCUCCCUAAGAACCAGCACGCCGGCGCCGCCGUAACCUCGCGGGUGUCACCGAAAUCGAAGGCGGCGGCCGUGGAGGAAGCCGAUCCGGGCCCGAUCCAGCCCGAUCCAGAGGAGAGAUUCACGGAUCUGAUCGCUGGUGACAUGCUCGGCGGAGUAGAGUUCGGCGGCGUGUGGUUCUCUGACGUCGGAUCACCGUCGCCGUCUGCGUCUCCGACGGAGGGAUCGGAUGAUACCAUGCUAUACGGAUCGAUCGCCGGCUGCUCGGCCGGGAUCCUUUUCCUUGAUGAUAGCGAGGAGAAGGUGGAGAGGGAGUGGGAAAAGGAGGAAGAGGAGGACUCACUGUUCGCCGGGUUGGGGGAGCUUCCGGAGUGCUCGAUGGUGUUUCGUCGAGGGUUCCAAGCGGCGGCCACGGCGACGGUGACGGCGGCGGCUAGCUCGGGGUGCUGAUGUCGCCGGCGUCCCUCGGGAUCAUCAACGAAUGAAAGCGAAACAACGGUUGGGUCCCUUCCAUGAUUGGCCACUUUCUUUCGAUUUUCUUUUGAAUAUACCUCUCUAUAUUUUACUCAAUUUUCAUUUUUA